AUGCUUCCUCUAAUCUUACUUCAAUUCUGGUUAGUUUGUGUUGUUUCCCCUUUGUCACUUCUCAAUCAAGUUGUGAAAGGUCAAACUCAAGUUUAUAAUUACCAACAAACUAUUAAGAAAUUAUGGGGUAGAUUUUUUGAAUAUGACAAAAUUACUUGGAAUUAUAAUGAUAAUAUUUGUCAAGAUAAUGCUUAUGAGAUACCAUCCUUAUGGGAUACUGCAGUAGUUGGCAAGGCUAUAACUAAUUUAAAUUCGAUUAAAACUCUUAAAAAUCUUAUAACUGCAAUUUUACAAUAUUAUGAUCCAACAACUGGUGCUUUUGCUGGCUAUCCCAAUUCAACAGAUAUAUAUUCAGAUGAUAAUGCUCGAAUUUGUUGGGUUUUCAUUGAUGCUUAUACUAUUAGUCAAGAUGAUAAAUACUUAGGUUAUGCUGAAGGUAUAAUGAAAUACUUGAAAACUCAAAACUUUAAUGAUACUGGUGGAAUCAUUUGGCAAAAUGAUCAAAAUUACAUUGCUUCCAUUUCUACGGUUGAGACUGCAUUAGCUGCUGUUAGAUUAUAUGAAGUCAAUGGUGAUGAAUCUUUAAUUGACUUGGCACAUAGAUGUUUGAAAUUUAUGUUUGAUUAUUUUCAAGAUCCUAAUGAUAAAUUAUUUUAUGAUGGUUUGGAUAAAACAGCUUUUGCAUCAGUUAAUAAAGGUAAGCUAUCGUAUACAGUUGGUUGUUGUUUAAGUUUGUUAUCAAAAUUAUAUUUAAUUGAAAAAAAUAAAAUUUAUUUGAACAAAAUUUUUGAAUUAGCGACCGCUGCUACCAACCGAUCUUGUGGUUUGUAUACAAAUACAAUUUGGAAUAAUAGUUUACAAAAUUCCCAUUUAUUAUUUAACGGAUUUAGAGAUAUAUUUCAGAUUGGUUCGCAAUUUGAUCAAUUUAAACCAGAAGUUUUUAGACAAGCUAAUUACAUAUAUCAAUUCUUACAAGAUCCAAAAGAUAAAUAUUUCUAUUUUGAUCUGGUUGAUUGUGGUUAUAAAUUAAUUUAUUCGAAUUUUGCAUCUAAAUUUAAUAUUACAAAUUAUGAGUUUAUUGAAAAUCCAAACUACUUUUGUAAUGGUAAUUUAUCAAGUCCUACGAAAAAAAGUUUGAUAACCAAUGCUAGUGUUGCUCAAAUUUUAUAUAGUUUAAGUAAUAUGUAG